GUGCGGAAGUGCGUCGCUGCAUGAUGGAGAAUAAGCUGCUCUUUAUCCACGUGUAUAACAGUCUGAUGUAAUAAUGUUAUAACGUUAUAUAGCUGCUAAUAGCUGCUACUUUGUUUCUCGUUUUGGAAAUAUCAAGGGUUUGGUUUUACGAUGGGAACAUUAUGAAAAGGUAGUGACAAGACCAGUUUCCCAAGCUUCACCAGAACUACGUAUUUUAGGAUGAAGGGACGGACAGACACUCCUCAGGACAGGGGCUGCUUAGUGGGGAUCGUAUUCUUCAUCUUGGGCCUGGGAACGCUGUUACCAUGGAACUUCUUCAUGACUGCAUCAAUGUAUUUCCAAAGCCGCCUAAACACAACAGAAUGGAGCAACGGCACAGCGGUCCACAAAGAGUACUACUUCAACAACUGGAUGACUUUGCUGUCCCAGCUGCCUCUGCUGCUGUUCACCCUGCUCAACUCAUUCCUCUACCAGAGGAUAUCAGAGGCAAUGCGCAUCGCAGGUAGCCUUGUUUUUAUCCUACUGCUCUUCAUCCUCACAGCAGGGCUGGUCAAAGUGUCCAUGGAGGCAGACCGCUUCUUUUCUGUUACCAUGGCUACAAUCUGGUUCAUCAACUCGUUCGGCGCCGUGCUGCAGGGCAGUCUGUUCGGUCUGGUGGGUCUGCUGCCUCAGAAGUACAGCACCAUCUUCAUGAGUGGCCAGGGCCUCGCCGGGACCUUUGCUGCCGUUGCCAUGCUGCUAGCCUUAGCCAGUGAAGCAGAUCUGGAGUCAGCAGCACUGGGUUACUUCAUCACGCCCUGUGUGGGGACACUGGUCACUCUCUUUAGCUACCUGCUCCUGCCCCGCCUGGAGUUUGCUCAGUUUUACCUGAACAAAAGCAACAAGUAUGAAGCAGGCACCACAGAAGAGCUGCUGGAAGAGAGCAGCACAGUGGAGAAUGGAAAGCAGAACAGUCAUGUUAAUGGCUCAGUGGCCAGCAGCGGUUUAGCUAAAUCUGAGGAGGACGCCGGUUCAGAAGGGACCAAGCAGGCCUUCCUGUCCCUGGAGCAGGUGGAGCAGGCACAGGCCAAGGCUUCAGUUAUGGAGGUCUUCAAAAAGAUCUGGGUGAUGGCGUUCUGUGUGACGUUCGUGUUCACAGUCACUCUGUCCGUGUUCCCUGCUGUCACUGCAGAUGUCAGAACUACUUUCCCAGGGAAAUGGGAGCGCUACUUCAUGUCAGUGUGCUGCUUCCUGAUGUUCAACAUCAACGACUGGUUGGGUCGGACCAUCACCACACUGAUUCGUUGGCCUCGGAAAGAGUCUCGCCUGUUCCCGGCACUGGUGGUCUCCAGGGUGGUGUUCAUCCCUCUGCUGAUGCUCUGUAAUGUCCAGAGUCGCUCCUUCCUUCCCGUCUACUUUGCCCACGAUGGUGCCUUCGCUGCCAUCAUGAUACUCUUCUCUCUAUCCAGCGGCUACUUCGUCUGUCUUUCCAUGUCCUACGCACCACAGUUAGUGGAGCCUAAGGAUGCAGAGACUGCAGGGGCCCUGAUGACCUUCUUCCUGGCCCUGGGCUUGUCCAUAGGAGCGGGCCUGUCCUUCCCCCUCAGGGCUCUGGUCUAGUUUUGCGCACACUCUCACACAUUCCCGUACGACCCUCCCUGUUUCUUCGCUGCCACUCAUCCGUCAGGUGUUAUGCAGAUUACAGUAUGACUAUGUUUACAACCUGACCCUGACUGAUGCUGUAAACAAAUAGGCAGUGAAUUGGCAUUGGUCAUAAGAUUCCCAAGCAAACAGGGGAAAUGCUCUUUUAUCCAAACGAAUACCGGUUAUGUUAGUGGCUGCCAGUCUGAACAAACUUUAUGCAGUUGUUACAAGAUUGAUUUUAUUACAUUAUUUUUUUAUCUUGACUAAUUUAUGUUCUUCUGUUUUAGGUUUGUGUUUAAUUAAAGUUACUUAUAAGUAGUUUUAUGGCAUUGGCCUCAGCUGAUCAGGUGUAGAUAAAGGGAAACCUUAGAAAGAGAUUGGAUUCACCUCCUCAUGCUGCUAUCCAGGAGACUUGUCUGUCAUAGAAAUGCUUGCUCUAGGUGCAGUUUGUUUAUUCUGGCAUUGGCUUUUCUUUUAACGAACAGCUGUAAGGAUCAGAGUCUGCAGAGGUAUUUUUGAUGUGUACUGUCAAUUUAAAAAAAAAAACACACAAAGGUUGGUUAAUGACCUGUUUGAUGGGCAUGGAUGGAUUACUGAAAGGGCCAACUGAGCACAGGCUCAGAGUCAUAAAGGAUCAGGGGCCAUUUUACCCAUUCAGGGUUUUCCUCACCUUCUAGUUGCCUCUGGUCAUCUCUCCAGGACCAAAGCUCUUGCUGCCAUCUACUGGUCAGAAGACUGAAGUUCUUCAAUGUUUCAUUUCCUUCUCUUACAAAGCUCAAAGGUGAAUUUGAAGACUUGUGCUGAGACACUGGAUGAAUCCCAAUUCCCUUAUUUUAUUCUAUUGUUCCACAGUCGUCACUCAACUGAGAAGUUGUUUGAAGGACGUCCCAAAGCUCUUAUUCCUGCUUGCAGCAGUUUUUGGGAACUGACAUGCCCCUUUUUUGAAAAUCAGUUGGUCAGAGGAAAUGAUGUCAUGUCUGUAUAAAUGUGUUUUCUCAGUUCUUCCCUGUUUGUAUCUCUUCCUAACACUUUACAUGGGCAAGGCCAUGACACGGGGAAAAGGCAAGUGAGGGAAACAUGGUGGAUGCAUUUAAGGGAAUUGGGAUUUCCCCACUUUCACUGUGUACUGACAGAAAAGAGUUCACGGUACCUGCUGAUACUGUGCUGUACUUUCGGUGACCUGCCAGUGUUCAGGCCAACGGGUCAUGUGACAGCCUUCUACUGACAUGGCUGGGCUGCCAUGGAGUGGAGCUGUGGUGCAGCUUCUGGCUCAGCAACAACAAGCAGGAUUAGAUCUUUUUUUUUUCUAUUAAUUUAUUUUUUUGUAGAACUUCUGCUCUUCUUUUGUUAUUAAAUGUACCAGCACAGUGAUGUUCAGUGGUGGAAGAAGUACUCAGAUCCUUUACUUAAGUAAAAGUAGCAAUGCAACAGAGUCAAAUUACUGUUACAAGUAAAAGUCCUGCACUCGAAAUAUUAAGUAAAAGUAGAAAACGUAUUGGCAUCAAAACAUACUUGAAGUAUUAAAAGUACUCUUUAUGCAGACUGGCCAAUUUAACAUUAAUGUAUUGAUGCAUUGUUGUGUUCAUCAUAUUUAAUGUUGCAGCUGGGUGGGAAUUUUCCAGUAUACAAUAUAAUAAUCUUAUUCUGAAAAGUAUCUAAAGGUAUAAAAUAGAUGUAGUGGAGUAAAAAGUACAAUAUUUGCCUCUGAAAUAUAGUGAAGUUUAAGUAUGAAGUAUCAUAAUACUCGUGUAAAGUACAGAUACUUUGAAAUUGUACUUGAGUAAAUGUACUUGGUUACUCUCCGCCACUGGUGAUGAUGCUGUUGUUACUGUGAUCUGUUAACAGUCUGAUCAGAUGUCAGUUUUAGGGAGGAAAAAGAAACAUAUGGUACUUCAAAUGCUGAGCAUUUCUUCUCUUUAGUAUGGUAUAAAGAUUUAUAUAUAGAGCACUUGUGUUAAAGUAUUGGAUUUUUUUUUUUUAAAGACAUGUUCACUUGUACCAGGCUCCAGUGACACCAUUACACUUUUCUCAUUUUACUGUGCAAACACAUCUUCGUAUGUAUAGAAAUUAAUUUAUUGCACUAGAUUGUAUUUUUCUGUUUCAGCCUCAUGACCAGCAUUACACUAUGUACUGUACAUGUACGUAGAUUGAAAAUUUAGCUUUUCUUCCCCUUUGCUCAGUAACUUAAUUUGUAUACUUAUUAUUCAAGUAUGUGGUUUUCCAUAAGUUUCACUGAAUUCGUAAACAAAGAGUUUGGUGAGCGGUUGUGUGUGUAUCACACAAGAAGAGGUGACAUGUACAUGUAAAUGGAGGAAAUGAGUGAUGUGAACCAAGGCCUCAGUCCAGAUGAAGGGAGUAAUAUGGGAUUUGUUGUUGUAUUUUUAAAGUGUGACUGACUUCAUUUAUGCUGACUUCACAUCCAGACAAAACCUGACACCUAAAAAUGUUGUCCUGUGCUAAUCCCAAUCUGUAAAUGUAGUUAAUAUCUUGAUGUAGGAAGCUGAAAUGCACCACGUUUCCCAUGUCACGUCAAAGCAGCUACAGUAAAGGAGAUGUUUGUAUUCAGCUCAUUUAAUAUCGGGGUCCUUAUGUAUAGUGCUGUGUCAUACUUAAAUAAGAACCUGAUGUGGGUUAGAAGAAAUUAAACUCUUACUGGUCAUCUGAGGUUUCCUUGCUACUUAUAACGUGGUGUACAUAUGAAGAAUGUUAGUUAGAUGAGUUACUUUAGGUACAGUAAUCCUCAGGCAGGGUACAGUAUGUAGUUGCAAGUAUAUUAACAUUUUCAGCUGUUAUAAUCGGCCUAAAUUUUAAAAGGCUCAUGUUGUGUUUGCAUCAUAUUGGACUGGCUGUAGAAACCAGCUGCUGCCUCCUUGUAAAGAGUUUAUGCUUGUUGUUAAUUGCAGAGGUGUCAACAUGGAGCAGGACCUCUCCAUUAUCUCAGAACAGUUUUGUCAGUGGAUU